GAAAAACUGCGACAAAAAUUGUUAGCACGUUGGCUUGGGAACGAAAUAAGACUUUGUUUACCUAGCUAGAUUUGCUUGCAAGUCGUGAUUUGUUGGCCAAAACGAUGAUAGAUCAUGCUUUAGGUUCUUUGGGUGCUCAGAUUGUCUUGGCUGCGUCCAGUGAUGAGAAUCAUCCUCCAGAAAACAUUAUUGACGGGAACACUGAAACAUUUUGGAUGUCCACUGGAAUGUUUCCACAGGAGUUCAUAAUCCGUUUCGCUGAAUCUAUGAAAAUUGCCCUUGUGACAAUGCACUGUUAUAAUGUUAAGACUCUUAAAAUUGAGAAGAGCAUCUCAGAUGAUGCUACUGACUUUGAAGCUAUUUCAGAAAAAGAAUUUGAACACACAGAGGGGCAUCUUCAAACAAAUGAUUUUCCACUAAAUGGAACGACUGCAACACACUUGCGCUUCAUCGUUACCUCUGGAUAUGAUCAUUUUGUCUCGGUACACAGCAUCAGUGUAGAGUGAUGAAAUAUAUAGUACCUUCUCAUAAUGUACAGCUCUACUUAUUAAGGGGUUUGUCUGAAUAUCUAAUAUGUUUUACAUUGCAUCAUUUUGUUGUUGUUUAUACCUUUUUUGUAAUGAAACAGGAUUUAAUGUUACAUCACCUGAGGCACAAUUAAUAGUUUGUUUCAUUCUACCUGUUCACCAAAUCCAAAUUGCAAUAAAAUCUGUUCAAUAAAUCUGA